CAAAACCUAUUUACCUACAAGCAAGCAACAUGGUUUCUACUCCCACAAAAUCCCAAGAUUCAAGUUUUUCACCAACCUUAACACCCGUAAGAUUUCUUGACAGUCCAAAAGCCAAAAAUACUGCCAGCGACUCCAAUGUGGCAGCCUGUAAAUCACGUUUAGAGGUAAUCGUUAAAACCAUCGACGACAAUUACAAUAAAUGGCAAUUAGCAGAUAAACGUGGCCAAGCUUUGUGCACUUCUAUUGAAGCUAUAAAAACAAAAGCAUUGGAAAAGUUAAAUUCAAAUGAGAAUAGCUCAGAUUUUACUAGUUAUCCAGAUGAACUUAAAAUCUAUUGUGAUAAAUUGGCAAUAAUAGCUUCAAUAUUUGAAGAUAUUACUAGAAAUGCCAGAGAGUCGUUAAGGCAAUUGAAGGCACUAAGUAAAUUGCCAGGAAGUUGUAAUGAGAUAUUUUAUCGUUCAUGGGAGUUAAAUGAAUUCAUUGAAUUCCUGACGGAACUGUUGGAAAGAUAUGAAAAAGAGGCCAAGGUUAAAACACAUGUGGCGGACCACCUACCCCACUGUACAACCAGAUCCGAUUUGAUACGUUGUUCUACCGCUUGGGAAUACCCCCAACAUGUUGAUUCCUAUGUCCAAUUAAUGUUUCUUUUCUUCAGAGAAGAAAUUAACAUUAAGAAAUAAAAUUUAAAAACAAAAAUA